AUGAGCUCCUUCAGCGACCGAGCAGCCAACUUCAUCUCGCGGAACAACCCGCUUAAGGACCCUGCCUUUGCUCAAGAUGCUUCCCGCGCACUGCGCUUCAAUAAUAAUUAUAACUAUGGUCCCAUCUCGAUCCUUGCUGCCUUUGCUGGCUCGCACCUUUUGCUUCAGCACCGUAUCCCAAUGCUCUUCUACGGCAUCGACAACAUGGUCUACCCUCGUGACGACCUCCGUGUCCACGGGGAGAGGCACGUCGCUUCCGGCAAGAUUACCCCCGAGCAGCUUCGACGACUCAAGCGCUGGGAGGCUGCUCAUUACAAUGCGGUGGAGAACCUUCCCAUCUUUGUCGGCACCAUCCUCUCGCUCCAGGUUGCCGGUGUUUCAAACCGUCUGAUCAACCGUGUUGCCGGUGUCUACCUCACUGCUCGUGCCGCCUUCGCUGCGCUGUACAUCACUGUUGAGGAGCCAUCGCUCGCUUGGCUCCGCACCAUUUCUUGGUGGACCGGCAACAUCACCUGCAUCUACGGUUUGGUGCAGGCUGCCAAGGUCCUGAACCAUGGCGUUGCUACGGCUACCACUGCUCUCUAG